AUGAGCAGUGAGGAAAGGAAAACUGUGUGUGUAACAGGUGCCUUUGGUUACAUUGCGUCAUGCCUUGUUAAGCAGCUUCUCCUUUGUGGUUACACUGUCAAAGCCUCCGUUCGUGACCCUGAUGAUCCAAGAAAGACAUAACACUUACUUGCUCUUGAGGGAGCUGAGGACAGGCUGAAGUUGUUUAAAGCAAACCUAUUGGAAGAAGGUUCCUAUGAUUUCGCUGUUGAAGGUUGCGAAGGUGUUUUUCACACAGCAUCUCCCUUUUAUCAUGAUGUCAAAGAUCCCGAGGCAGAAUUACUUGGUCCGGCUGUGAAAGGAACAUAAGUGCUUAACUUAUGUGCUAACUCCUCUUCAAUAAAACGCGUGGUCUUGACAGCUUCUAUUGCCGCAGUCACCUACAAUGGGAAACCUCGAACUCCUGAUGUUGUUGAUGAAUCUUGGUUUACUGAUCUUGAUUACGGAAGGGGCUUAAAGGGGUGUCUUUGGCAUGUCGUCUCAAAAACAAUGGCUGAGGAUGCUGCUUGGAAAUUUUCAAAAGAGAAGGGCGUUGACAUGGUUGCCAUAAACCCUGGAAUGGUGAUCGGUCCUCUUUUACAACCAACACUUAAUACCCGUGCUGCAGCCGUUUUAAGCUUGAUUAAAGGAGUGCAGACAUUUCCGAAUGCAACAUUUGGUUCGGUGAAUGUUAAAGAUGUAGCAAAUGCACAUAUCCAGGCAUUUGAGAUCCCAUCAGCUAGUGGAAGAUAUUGUUUAGUUGAAAGAGUUGCGCAUUACGCGGAAGUUGUCAAGUUCUUACACCAACUAUAUCGUUCAUUCCAACUCCCAAAGAAAUGUGCAAAUGACAAGCCUUAUGUGCCAACAUAUCAGGUGUCCAAGGAAAAAGCAAGAAGUUUGGGUAUAGGAUUCAUUCCUUUGGAUUUGAGUCUCAAGGAAACGGUUGAAAGCUUGAAGGAAAAGGGAUUUGUUGAUUUUUGA